CAAUCCACUCCCCGAGGUAUUUUGUCUUCCCGAGUUUUUAUCUUGUUCCGCACUUUCUCUGCAUCUCAUUGUAUUGUCAUCUCUUUAAUUUUCCUUUUGUCGCUAUUUUUUACAGAACCAUCCUACUAUGACUUCCCUUCCUCCUCUUCCUGAGGGUGGAGAAGUCGAAGAACAGGCCAUCGUUGCCGAAGAUAUUCAAGGUUCUUCUAUUCCCGAAAGUGAAGUCGCGGGUUCUCACAAAUCUGCGGCUUCUCGUGAAAAAGAAAUUGAGUCUGAAGCCAGUGAGUCGACGCAAUCCCUUCCUCCUGCCGUUUCUCCAAGGAUCAAAAGGAAAAGGAAUGAUGCCGAGGAUUCUGGCACCUCUAAGGCUGAAGAAGUUGUUCCUUCUCAUCCGAAGGCAGCUUAUGAUCCUUAUAUUGAAUCCCUCGUCAGCUCUGAUGACGAGGAAGAAGUACCAACUACUGACGUGGCUCCUCGGACAAGCACGUCACGUACUGUACUUGCCUCAGACACGCUAGUUGAAGGAGAAGAAACCUCGCCUCCUCAACAAAACGUCGUCACCACUACUCCACCAUCAAGCCCCCUUGCUCCUUCACCAAAAAGGACAAGGGUUGAAAAGAUUGUUGAACCUGCCCCUCAGUUGGGCAGUUCGUCGACUCUGCUCUUGGAUGAUCCUAUGAUCAAAGAUCUUCUCCGCAUCGGCUCCCAAUUUAUUGGGUACCGUGAAUAUGCUAACAGAGCCAAAGGUAACGACCUUUAA